UUAGAAAGAGAUAAACUGUCUACGUACGAAGAGAUCGUUGGAGAUGAAAAUUAUUAUGGUCUGACAAACCGUUUGGGUCACUGGGUACACAAUCGCCAUUUUGUCGUCUGCUAUGAGUGUGAUGUUUUAAUUAAUUGUGACAAUUGACGGAUAUCCGGACCGGGUGUACCAGUCGUGGUAGCAUUUAUUUCUCAGGAGUCCUUGUAAUCCGUAAACGGCCAGAGAAAUGAAGAUUCGGUUCGGUCUAGCUGCCUUCAUCGAUGAGGGCUACUCCGUCGCGGUGGUGGGGUCGCUCUCGCGGCUUGGCUCGUGGAACCCCGACGGCAGUCUGCCUUUGCACCCCGUCAUUCCGCCCAAGGCCAAGGAGCCGUCCUUCUGGACGUGCGACGUGGACCUGUUCGGGGAAGGUUUGCCAGAUCGGUUCCAGUACAAGUUCAUCCGGCGGGGCCCUGCAGGAAAGGGGAGUGACGAGAAGGGGGAGGGGGACAUCGUUCCGCAGUGGGAAUGGGAGGGAUGCGGGGAAGGGCACAACCGCACCUGGGAGUAUCAACAGGAAAAUAUCUUGGGUGGAGUCCAUUGCAACCCUGUGGCACGCUGGCAGGAUAAGGCAGGAGAAACAUCUGAGUUUGAUCUGACAACCCGGUUCUUCUUCUACCUCCUGGACCACCAGCUGUUCCACUACAGUGAGAUUCUGGACAACGUGUGGCUGGGCUCCUGCCCCAGGACUGCUGAACACAUCACCAAGGACAUGAAGCAGGUGAUGGGCACAACUGCUGUGAUGAACUUCCAGAUGGACUAUGAUCUCUGGAACAACAGUGCUGAAUGCUGCCCACCUGCUGCAGACGUGCCACGCUACAUAUAUGAUGUCUACAGGAAAAAUGGCAUCUCCUAUGUGUGGAUGCCGACAGCCGACAUGUCCACCGAGGGUCGUAUCAAGCUGCUUCCCCAGGCUGUGUAUGUACUACACGGUCUGCUGAGGUCUGGCCACAAUGUAUACGUGCACUGCAAUGCUGGGAUUGGCCGGUCAGUUGCUGUGGUUUGUGGCUACCUGAUGUACGUGCUCGGGUGGAGCUUCCGUAAGAUGCAGUAUUAUGUGUGCUCCAGACGACCGGUGUCCUACAUCGAUGAAGUUGCUCUGAAGGCAGCUGAAAAAGACUUUGCUACCAAGUUUGGCCGCCUGCCUGUUGAGUACUGAACUUUGAGACACAUAAAUUUUGCUGCAGUAAUCUGACACAAGCUCUUCCUAACAUUCAAUCUCCCUGCUGAAAUGUGAUAUUCCAGGUGCCUUUCAGUGCUGUUCAUGAGCUGAUGUGUACGACGAGUGUUCUACUACUUUUUAUCAACUUGGCAUAUCAUAGGGGAGAAACAGAACCCUUUCACUGCAGAUACAACAAACUUCUGUACACACUAAGAUGGGCCUGGCAGAGUACUAGUAUAUCUGUAUAUGUGAGUUGGCUACGCAUGAAAACACAAGGCAAGUAAAUGAUCAAUCAUGGUACUCGAGUUCGAGAUGACAUGAUCUUACGUCAUAGGCUCACCCGGCCCUGAAACUAACACAGACGAAGUAUUUAGCCCAAUUUACGAACUUCGAUAACAUCCUACAAGACCCAACCCCUAUCAUCUCAUUUACUGUUACGACA